AUGUCCGGUCUUUUGCAAAGUUUCCGUAUUUUAUGCAAAGAUUUCCACAAGACGCGGCUACCCAAAAGACUGAGCGUUGCGUUGUUUUCAGCGAAGCCACCCCGGCAAGGCAUUGUCAAAGAAACAGAUCCCAAAACUGGAACUCUUAAAACGAAAAAAACCCCCAUAGCUCAAAAAAUCACCCUGGUGUCUCAAGCUGCCGUCGAUGUAAUCACGUUACAAGAAGCCGAGAAUUUGUCUAAACGUCGCGACAUGAAACUGGUGAAAAUUGUAGACGCAGAUGCGAAAACGGAACGACCGGUGUAUAAGUUGAUGACUGGGGCUGAAUAUCACGCAGAGGAUUUAAAACAGAGGGAAAGGAAUAAGCUGGAGAGACAACAGCGUAGUACUAAGGGGGAGAAAGUGCUCUUGCUUAACACGAGGAUAACGCCGCAUGAUCUGAUGAUACACCUACGGAAGGCCUUGAAGUGGAUAAGAAAGACGUAUGAAGUGAGAGUGAUUAUAAGUGGAGGUGGGAGCAGUGCAGAGGCUGCUGAAAAAAUUUACAGCGAUAUUGAGCAAUACUUUAAAACGGAAGAGGGCGAUGCCAAGCUGGUCCAGAAGAAGUGUAAAGGAUCUGAUAUUAAGUUUCAGAUAACGCCGCCGAGACAUAAAGACACGACCAAUCAGUUAUGACUAGUUGCAGGAGUCAUUGGAGUGUUAAUGAUUGUUAAAUAUUUGAUUUGGGGAAGACUGUACAAAAAGUAUAUUAAAAAAACGUAAUAAAGAUAUUUUAUUAAAAGUGA